AUGGGAAACAAGCAGACUAUUUUUACAGAUGAGCAACUCGAUGCCUACCAGGAUUGUACUUUUUUCACUCGCAAAGAAAUCUUGCGGUUGCAUGGUAGAUACCAUGAACUGGCUCCGCAUCUGGUGCCAAUGGACUACACGAAAGAGCCUGAUUGUAAAUUACCUUUAGCCUUGAUAGUCAACAUGCCAGAGUUAAAGGAAAAUCCAUUCCGUAACAGGAUUGUUGAGUCUUUCUCAGAGGACGGCAUGGGAAAUCUCAGCUUCAAUGAAUUUGUGGAUAUGUUCUCAGUCCUUAGCGAAAUGGCUCCGCGGGAACUGAAGGCCAUUUAUGCCUUCAAAAUAUACGAUUUCAAUGUAGAUAACUACCUUUGCAAAGAGGACUUAGAAAAAACUCUAAACAAGCUGACAAAGGAGGAGUUGACUCCAGAGGAGGUGCAGCUCGUGUGCGAGAAGGCCAUCGAAGAGGCUGAUUUGGAUGGAGACAAUAAACUCUCCUUUGCUGAUUUUGAAAAUAUGAUAUCAAGGGCUCCUGAUUUCUUAAGUACUUUCCACAUACGAAUCUGA